AUGGCUGAAAAGCAUCAGGACACCCAGACGACAACGAAGAAAAUUCUUUGCGUCGGCCUUUGCAACAUCGACAUCAUCCAGGUAUGUGAUACAUACCCUGAGGAGGAUUCCGAUCAACGAUGUCAUACUAGCCGCUGGCAGCGUGGUGGCAAUGCAUCCAACAACUGCACCGUUUUGGCCAAUCUCGGUGCACGCUGUGAAUUGCUUGCAUCGUUUAGCGAUUCAAAAACGUUCCUAUUUGCACUGGAGGACCUUCGUGAGCGUAAGAUCGAGUUCGGGCAGUGUGUGUACCAUCGCGACAAACACGUUCCACUAUCUACCGUUUGGCUGAGUCUCGCCACCGGCACAAGAACCAUCGUGCAUAGUAAUCCGGACCUGCCGGAACUUACGCUGGAAGACUUCCAGAAAAUUAACCUACAUGAAUACGCAUGGAUUCAUUUCGAGGGAAGACGCAACACACUGGCAAUUGUUGAGAUGAUAGACUGCAUCCGUAGCUGGAACAAGCACCACGCCAAGGUGAUCGUUUCCAUAGAGAUGGAAAAACCACGACAUUCCAAUCUGGACCUACUCGUCGAUGGUGUCGACGUGGUGUUUGUGGGAAAAGACUUUGGCCGCUUUCUUGGCCACGAGAGUGCACGAGAUGUUAUACAGGCACUGAAACAGUCCCAUCCCGGCCCGUAUACCAUCAUCUGUCCGUGGGGUGCGUGUGAUUCGAUAGCAAUGGAUGAGUAUGGCAGUUGGUAUAGUCAACGAACGUACCCGCCGGAAGUGAUACGCGAUAGUCUCGGUGCCGGUGACACAUUCGUGGCUGGAUGUAUUUUCAAGCUAGCACAGAAAGAGCCGUUGUCGGCGGUGUUGGAGUUUGCGUCACGAUUAGCUGGUCGGAAGUUAGCCUAUUUCGGGUUUGAUGAUCCUGAAAAGCAGGUCUGUUAA